ACGCCAUCUAGUGUCGCACAAACGACUGUCAUAAAAUAAAACUACAACUACCAGUGUGCAUUGUUUCCGUACGUCGAUUUUUACGUAAUGGACAGCUCCCCGGAUGCGGCUGUGAUUGACUAUACCAGGCAAAAAGAGAUCGAAAGCCAAGUGGCGGUGCUGCAGCCCCAGUGGUCGUAGGCAGGAUGCAGACCAUAAAGUGUGUGGUGGUGGGUGACGGGGCAGUGGGUAAAACCUGCCUACUCAUCUCUUAUACCACCAAUGCCUUCCCCGAAGAGUACAUUCCCACAGUGUUUGACAACUACAGCGCUCAGAUGAGCGUAGAUGGCCGCACUGUCAGCCUCAACUUGUGGGACACAGCAGGCCAGGAGGAGUAUGACCGCCUGCGCACUCUCUCCUAUCCCCAGACCAAUGUUUUCAUCAUCUGUUUUUCCAUUGGCAGCCCCUCCUCCCAUGCCAAUGUCAGGCACAAGUGGCACCCAGAGGUGUCUCACCACUGCCCCAACGUGCCCAUCCUGCUGGUGGGCACCAAGAGAGACCUGAGGGGCGAUGCAGAAACAGUGAAGAAGCUGAAGGAGCAGGGCCUGGCCCCUACCACCCAGCCGCAGGGCAACGCCCUGGCCAAGCAGAUUGGGGCUGUUAAAUAUAUGGAGUGUUCUGCUCUGCUGCAGGAUGGUGUCAGGGAGGUGUUUGCUGAAGCUGUGAGGGCAGUGUUGUAUCCAGUCAUGAAAAAGAACCCCAAGAAGUGUGUGCUGUUGUAAUAAAUGGUUCCCAGAUUUGGACUUUGGAGAGGGAUGAUGGAGAUCCACAGAUGCAAAGGAAGGCUGAGGAACGAAGGUCAUCAUCUGGCUGCCUCCAUACCACCUCCAGCAGUUUAGACUUUGUUUUCAGCUCCUCUGUUACUCCUCUCUUCCUUAUUCAUCUCCUGGAGGAUUUCACUCUGUUGCCAUCUUCACCAAAGUGACUAUGCCAAAAUGGGGGCAACAGGCCGUAUCUCCUCUAUUUUUCUUACAUUUUAACUUUUGAUAUUUACACUUUUUUCCAAUUUCCAAAAUCUGUUCUAGAUUUAUAGCUUCUCUGCUUUGCCUUAUAAAAUGCUGAUCAUGGUUGUCACAAGCCAUAAUAACAUCCAAACCAACCAACCAAGCUACCCUGUUUGACUGGAGAGAAGAGAUCUGCCUUUGUUCAGGUGGAGAAAUAAUGACUACCUCAUACUCUCACCUAGGUUGCAUCUCAUGAGUCUCAAGCAGCGUCACCAUCAAGAUGCUUUGACUUGCCUAUUUAGAUGUAAAAAACCGCCAAGUAGAGGGGGAAGAAGUUUUAAUUUCAAAAAGCUUGAGUCCAGACAAGGUGUGAUGACUCCUGGACAAAUGCCAGUACCCCUUAACCAAUAUGCACAGAUUAGAGGUUAAACUCGCGAGCUGCAGUUCCCCUUGUGCUCAGUCUGGCAUGUUAGAGCUAUCUGGCAGGCUGCCUUUCCAGCCUCUUGCACUGCUCUCUCACUGCCACGCAUGGAAGAGCCAGUAGGCCUUUGAAGAUAAGCCGGACCCAUUAAAAGCAGCCGACCAUUUGCCCUCUUCAGUAAUAGAGGAGCAGGUAUCAUAAGGCCUCUGCCAAAUUAACCCACACUGGCACAGAGUGUCUUGAGCUGACACAUCAGGAAGUCAGGUUGUAGUACAGCUCUCCUCUGUCUACGUCUUAACUCUUGAGGCUCACACCGAGUGCCGUUAAAACAUGCCUAAGAAUGACUUUUUGACAGGGUGUGGUCAAUGAGACUGUAUUUUGUCUAAUAAUGUUGAAUUUACUCUGUAAAUGUUUUUUUUUUUCCUCAAAUGUUUUUAACCUACGAGUGCGGUUAUGGCCAAAGUUGAAUAUAUUUUUUGUAAUAGCUUAUGUUUAUUUGAUCAGUAAGAUGUUUGUGUGUAAUAGUUAAUACUCAGAUUUGAUAAACCAGAACUCCACAAUGCUCCCCUUGUCAAUUACAUUGUUGUCUUACAUUUAAAGUCAGCAGACUAUGACCACUGACCAUAAUUGAUUCAGUAUAGCAUAUAAUACCAGAAUAUGACUGACUUGUGCUAGGCCAUAUACACUUCUUUUCCUAUAUUGUAUAUGUUAGUGGAAUAUCAUGUCAUCUUUUCAAGAGAAGCACCUUGUUGUUGCUGCCUAGCUAAUUUUUCUACCAUGUAACAGCAGUUUAUCUACAAUAUGGAAGGAGCCUUUUGAUUGGUCAGGUGCCUUAUUUAAACCAGAGACCAAAGCAGUGCUCCCUUGUCAAACACAGAGGUUCUCAUUAUAGUGAUGCAAGUGCCACGAAACCUUUUUAAAAUACAGGUCCAACCAAUUCUGGGUUUCAUUUUUGUAAUUUUUCAGAAGCUUUCUCCCUCAGUUCCUGCCAGUAAACACUCUUCUUGCAGCCCUCUUUGUACGACACAGGUGCAAAACUGACAUCUUUCGUGACAAGCCUGUGUGCAUUUGUGAAACAGAGUGCUCGUCGCCUACAGCUCUUAACAGAUUGUGGUUUACAUCUUUGCAUUGCAUGAUGCAGUGAGGGCAGGGCACAAGCACAACUUGCACAUAGGGUUAGCAAGAGCUGCGUUGGUGGAAUGUGCCUUUUCACAUCUGAAGAUUUUUAUAGUAUUAAUUUUAUAAAAUAUUUUUUUAGUAAGGACUGGUUGCUAAUUUGUGCUUACAGCUGCCAGUAAUACUAGCAACCCUUUUACUAUAGUUAUUUUCAUUGACUCACUCGAGUGGGGUGUAUUAUAAGUCAACCUACAUUGUGGCCUGUGUAAAGUCUAGAAUAACCGAAACGCAACACGAGCAGGAGAUUUUGUGUAACAACAGUAAUGCGGUUUGAGAUCUGCCAAAGGAUGUGUGAAAAUUUCCCAGAUCGGUGUGUGGAGGGUUGAAUGUAAGUGCAUAAUAUGUCAAACUGUCAACUGUGGUGAGUUUUUUGUUUUUUUUUGCCGUGUCCUGAUUUCACUCAGAUAAUGCUGUUGAAGUGGAACAUACACCUGUGGGCUCUCUGUCUGUGUCCCGGAGCUGUAUGCUACCGUGUGCGUGGUACUACGCUUUUACACUGGGAACUUGAUUUGUAGAAAUCUGUUUGUAAUUGUUUUAUAUAUAACAAAAGCAUAUUUGUAUAAAUGAACUAACAGUGAGAUGAUUUUAAAUUAUGCCAAAUAAAAUGGUUAAAACCAGA